ACACCUCCGCGCGCCUCCGCCCGGCCCGCGCGGCUGCGCUGAGGUGUCAGGUGUCGUCGGGUCCGGCAGCGCCGCGUCGUCGCGAGGGCUCGCAGGUAAAAUAAAGCAGUUGGCAAAAAUGGAAAGGGGUCCAUUCAGUCGACAGUCAUGGGCAUCGCAGUCGCUGCGUGUCACUGCCAAAGAGCUGUCUCUGGUCAGCGGCCGAGGGACACACAACGCCAUCGCAGAGCGCUUCUCCAAAUACCAGAGAGCUGCUGAGGAGUCAAAUGCAGAGAAGAAGAAAGGGUCACAGACUCUGACAGCCAGUGUGCGGUGCAACAAUCUGAGUGCUCUGAAGAAGCGCUGGGAGCAGGCAGCACCACCUCACCAGGACAAGCCACCCCUCCCACCUGCUGGCAGAAACCGCCUCUGCAUCGCUCCCCCUGAAAUGCCCAAGCCUCCUGCCGCCAUCAGCGAGCAUCCCCCGCCAUCCGAGGUCCCCAGCCCACAAAGUGCUCUGGAGGGUCUAGGUUCAUCCGCCACCUUCCAGCAAGACCCAGUCGCUUCAGAAGUGGCUAACGGAGAAGCAAAGCAAAGGAUGGCGAGAGACGAGUUUGGGCACAGUGAAAGGUCCACGGUGUUUGAAGAGCAAUUGUCAGCCAGCCCCUCUGCUGCUGCUGCUGCCGGGAAGCCCAGCACGCAGCUAAGCAGCCUGAAGAUGAUGUUUGAGAAGGGAGAGGAACAUAUCGGCAAGGGAGGUAGAACAGGACUUCGUAGGACUUCGUCAGAAGACGUGGACCAGCAGGGAGGUCUUACCUUGUCCGGCAGGGCCCUGGAGACCAUGCCCCUGAAAGAGAAGAUGGCCAAGUAUCAGGCUGCUGUUUCCAAACAAGGACCCCCACCCUCUGCCCCAGCCUCAGAGGCACCGACCCAAAAGGUAUCUGCAGCAGAACCUGAGAAGCACAUGUCUGUGUCUCAGCAGAAUGGAGAUAGCAGUGACCCACCCAAGGCAUCAAGGAAGUUCCGCGUGCCAGUUCGAGAGACAUGCAUUGCUUGCCUGAAGACAGUGUACCCACUGGAGAGACUGGUGGCCGACCAGCACAUCUACCACAACAGCUGCUUCCGCUGUGUGCACUGCAGCACCAAGCUCAGUCUAGGAAACUAUGCCUCCCUACAUGGUAAUGUGUACUGCAAGCCUCACUUCAACCAGCUGUUUAAGACCAAAGGAAACUACGAUGAGGGCUUUGGGCUCCGGCCUCACAAGGAGCUGUGGACACCCCGUGCUGACGGAGAGGAGGAUGAGGAAGUGGUGAGGGCAAAAGAACGAGAGGAACCAGCAGCAGUAACCUAUCCAGUGGAAAGGACGACAGCUAAACAGCCCAGCCCCACCGUAGAAACAUCUUCGCAGGCCAAGGUGACAGACUUGACCGCCAUGCUGGAGACAAAUGCCUGGACCCACACCGGCUCCAGCGAGAAACCUCAACCCACAGAGAGACCAGCUGAAGCCCGCAGGCUGAGAAUUGCCUGGCCCCCGCCGGCUGGUGAUGGUCAGAUGGGGUCAGAGGCAGGAUGGCAACAGCCUCCCACCACCCUGGAGAGAGUAGGUUCACUCAGACUCCAGAGGGCCAAAUGGCCCCCGGAGGAAGAGCCUCUGUCCUCUGCCCAGAACCAAGAGCGGGGCGAGCUGAGAAGCCUGAGGAGAAGCUCCUCUCUGAAAGAGCGCAGCCGACCCUUCACACUUGCAGCUAGUCCUGGCCCCACCGUCCCUACCUUGGGCCCCCGUGAGCCUCGCCGCCCUCUCAAAGCCCUGCUGGAAAAGAGGAACUCGACAGAGGAGACCUGCUUACGUCAGGAUGUAUCCAGAGAAACAGAGCAGGAGGUGAAGCCAAGAGAUAGGAAAGAGAAGAUGCCUCCUCCACCGAAUGAAGAGGUGGCAGCGGCAAGUGAGACUUGUUCAGAAGAGGUAGAAGCGAGUCUCCCAGAACAGCGAGAACAAAAAGAUGAACAGACAAAAGGUCUGGCAGCAGAUGAGAUGGCAGCUGAGGAGGGUUCCCUGACAAGCCUCAGUGCUUCAACAGGGAACUCCGAGUCCCCCUCUCCCCCCCUGCAGUCCAAAGAUAACCGCACCUCCCAGGAUGUGGGCUUCUGGGAGGAGGAGAAGUUGGAAAGUGACGUGGAAGAGGAGCUAACUGUGGAGGAACUGAUCAAGAGGAACCGCUAUUAUGAGGAAGAGGAGGAAGAUGUCUGAAUCUCAGCCAACUCUCAUCUUAUCCUCGCAGCAUAACACUAUACCGCGCUGUAUUAAGCAACAUGUGCUGUUUACAAAUGAAAAGUCUGAUUUCCUGGGGAGUUUUUUUUUAGCAACAAUGGAAAGUAGCAGAAUUGCAUAUUAGAUGUACAUAUUUUGUGAUUAUUGCCUUUAAUCUGUUUUUACUUUUUUUUAAAUUUCCUUUAUUUGGAAUUGCAUACUGUAAAAAUAUCUUUUAUGGCUUUUUAUGAAAAAUGAUUGCAUUGUGUAUUGGGCUUACAGAGAGUAAUGAUGUAUCUCUGGUCUUAUUUUCCCAAAAUGUACACAUACACCGAUGAGCCAAAACAUUAUGACCACCUUCCUAAUACGCUGUUGGUCCUCCAUGUGCCGCCAAAACAGCACUGACCCACUGAGGCAUGGACUCUACAAGACCCCUGAAGGUGUCCUGUGGCAUCUGGUACCAAGAUGUUAGCAACAGAUUCUCCAAGUCCUGUAAGUUGCGAGGUGGAACCACUGUGGAUCGGACUUGUUGGUCCAGCACAUCCCGCAGAUGCUCAAUCGGACUGAGAUCUGGAGGAUUUGGAGGCCAGGGCAACACCUUAAACAUCUGAUGCUCAUGAUGAUGCUCAUGACCAUCAUGCUCCUCAAACCAAUGUGUGCAGUGUGGCAGGGAGCAUUAUCCUGCUGAACGAGGCCACUGCCAUCAGGGAAUACUACUGCCACGAGGGGGUGUACCUGGUCUGCAAUGAUGUUUAGGUAGGUGGCACGUGUCAAGUUGAUGUCCACAUGAAUGGCCAGACCCAGGGUUUCCCGGCACAACAUUACCCAGAGCAUCACACUGCCUCCACCAGCUUGUCAUCUCCCCACAGUGCACCUGGUGCCAUCACUUCCCCAGCCAAACGGUGCACACGUACGUGGCUGUCCACAUGAUCUAAAAGAAAACGGGACUCAUUGGACCAGGCAACCUUCCUCUACUGCUCCAAAGUCCAGUUCCGACACUCACGUGCCCAUUAUAGGCACUUUCGAUGGUGGACAGGGGUCAUCAUGUGCACUCUGACCGGUCUGCAGCUACACAGUCCCAUACACAGCAGGGUACGAUACACUGUGUGUUAUGACACAUUCCUCCCGUAAACAUCACUAAAGUUUUCUGUGACUUGGGCCGCAGUGGACCUUUUGUCAGUUUAGACCGGACAGGUCGGCCUUCGUUGCCCUUGCACAUCGGUGAGCAUUGGGGGCCAAACACCCUGUCUCCAGUUUGUGGUUUCUCCCUCCUCGGACCACUGCUGCCCGGGAGCACCCCACAAGCCUCACCGUUUCAGAGAUGCUCUGACCCAGUCGUCUGGCCAUCACAAUUUGGCCCUCAUCAAAGUCUGUCAGGUCUUUACUCCUGUCAGGUCUUUACUCCUGUCAGGUCUUUACUCCUGCCAGGUCUUUACUCCUGUCAGGUCUUUACUCCUGUCAGGUCUUUACUCCUGCCAGAUCUUUACUCCUGUCAGGUCUUUACUCCUGUCAGGUCUUUACUCCUGCCCAUUUCUCCUGCAUCCAACACGUUGAUACGAGAACUGAUUGUUAGACCUUGACAUGUGCCCUUGUUGUGUGGAGAUGGUCAGAGUUAUUGCGUGGUCAUAAUGUUUGGCUCAUCCGUGUUUGCGUCAUCGGUGUCUGAUCAGAGGUCAUGUUUCUGAAUGGCAGCAAUUUUAAGUGGCACUUGUUAUAUUACGCUACGAUACUCAGUUACAAGGAUUUAGCCCAAAAAUCAACACUAUGUAUAUUUUCCUACACUAAAUUAAAAUGUUGGUCAGAGUUAAAAGGGAAUAUUGAGAGUAAUUUCUGACCAUUUACAGCAAUAGGAAAUUACAUUUUACUGAGAAAUAGAAAUUAAGUGAACUUGAAAGUAAUACAACUUUGUGUUUUAUCGAUAGCUAUCUGUAUUUCAGCUUUAACAAAGUAAAUUAAACCCCUAAGCAAGCGUGUUGUAGAUCAGUGGUCUUCAAGGUAUUCCGGUAUCCCGGUAUUCCAGCCAGGAAAACAUUCUUUCAGAGCUGCCACCAUAGAUGAAUGUCAUGAACUUCCUGGUGGAGUUUCAAGCCAGCAGUACUCAUGGAACCUGAGAGCCGGGUUGAACACCACUGUUGUAGAUACUGGGUGAACCUCUCACUGGUCUCCUGUCAGGACUCCUUCACCAUGGCUCCGUCAGAGCUGCUGGACUCCCCAGACUAUGUGGCGAUGCCGUAAAGCAGCAACAUUCAACCAGGCGCUACGGCGAGCCAUGUGUACGCAGGUCUUCACCCCAACCCAACAUCACGCCACCUGAUUUCCCAGAGCGACACAACUUCAACCAGACAGGAGAGGGCGCUGUUUGGUGAAAUCAGCUGGUGUGAUGUUGGCUUGGACCAUUUUUCUGUCAACUUGUCAGUUCGGAUCUCUGAGUCCCAGUACCCUACUGUACUCUCGUGUACUUUACAUGUCUUGGAUUGGGACCAGACAUGAUGCACAAGAAUAGUUGCAAUAAACAUCAGUCUUCAA